AUGUUGUCCUUGUCAAAACUGGCCGUCCUGGGCCUGGGACUCAUCUCACAAGCUUCGGCCGUGAUCCUACAAAACGGCCAAGUCAGAGAGACCAACUUCCCCAACACCCGCCUGGACAGCUUUUCUCCCUCUUCCUACAGGACAUAUCCCGCAAACGCGAGUGAGAUCUCCUAUAAGGGACGCUGGGACUCCAAAUAUGUCUCCUGGUGGUCCCCCCGGCAUCAAAUUCGGCUACACCGGCCAGACCGUCGCCAUCACUUCGGCAACUUGACCACCGACCGCGUCCUCGUCGGCUACCGAAUCGGCGGCCUCGACUGGAUCUUCACCAACAUCACUGCGGGCGCCACCCACCUCCUUGUCUCCCCGGAGACCCCCGGCUCCUCCCUCACCGGCCCCAUCAACCCCUGGACCUUUGAACUCCGAGUCUCCAACUGGGCGUACGGCAUCCAAAUCGACUCCGUCCACGUCGCCAAAGGAGAGAAACUGAUCAAAAUCCCUGACCAUGGCCGCCGCAUCGAAGUCAUCGGCGACAGCCUCUCCGCGGGCAUGUACACCACCUACGAGGGCCUCACCAGCUGGGCCUACGGUCUUGGGGCUGGUUUAGGAAACACCGAGUACUCCGUCACCGGGUACCCGGGCAUUUGCGCCGCAGAUCAAGACUGCUGGGGCAACCCCCGAGGGCAAGUCCAUCAGUGGUUUUACACCUCCGACACCAGCUGGAGAGCCUCCCAAAUUUGGGGAGACAACCCUGAGCCAUGGGACUUUUCCAAGCAACCCGCCGCUGACAUCGUCGUGAUAAACAUCGGCACCAACGACCACAACCAACACAACAACGUCUCUACCGAGGCGUACAUCGACGCGCUGGGUAAGAUCAUCCAGGGUGUCCACGGCAAGUGGCCCAAAGCACAAGUCAUCGUCAUGUCCCUUUGGCUAGGGUUCUACCAGCAGGGGAAUACCUACCUCCCCAACGCGCCGGAGGGUUGGGUGAAAGAAAUCCAGGACUUGGUGAAGUACUUCAACUCGGACAAGUACCUCAGCCAGCCGGUGAUCUAUGACGGGGUGACGAAGAAGAGCACCAAGUUGAGGGUGAAGAGGAAGGAGAGCCCGUUUGUGCACUGGUUCAAUACCAAGGGGAUCUUGCAGCAUAAUGAUAUUGGGCCGCAGUGGCAUCCGACUGAUGUGGGGGCUAUCAAGGUUGCUAGUCACUUGCAGCAGUUUAUCAGGAUCAAGUUUGGGUGGGAGUUGGAGGCUACGGGGCCGGAGGUGUGGCAUGAGACGCUUUAUUGGAAUGAUGAGAGUGGUUAUUAG